CGAACAGGAAAACCCCGCGUGGAAAGCAAUACUGUAAGUGUUUACCAAGUCUUGAACACUUCGGCUUAUACAUCUAUAUUGCAAAAUAUAAUUUGCAUUUCUUCCCGUCUUAACGCUUUUGACGUGAUUCAGAAAUCACAAUAUGUGCCCAUGACCUGAUAUUUAAGGUGCAAUACUGUUAACAAGCGAGAUUGUGUUUUUGUUGUGAAAAGCAUGCUGUGCUGUGUUUUCUGUGUCGUCGUGACUUUUGCGUUUUAAAGAAUUUCGGAAGAAAUGCAGUCAGAGUCGCGUGAUAACACGAUGGACCGCGAUAACGAUAAAAAGGUGAAGAAGAGCAAAAAAAGCGAAACUCCAGGCCAGCCUGAGCUCGCUAAAAGUCCGAAGGUGCAGACUGAGAAGCACCGUGAAAAUGUGCGUAAGAAGAAAAAGGGAGACAAAAAUAAGGAAUCGGAGAAUGUAAGCCUGCAGACACCUACAGACAAAAAGAAAAAACAUAAAUCGACUGAAGAAGUGGAGGUUGUCAAGGGUAUGCGUGAAGUUAAAAGUAAGAAAACACCUACAGCGGAGUCCCAAGAGCCACAGAAGCCUGCUAAGAAAAAGAAAAAGAGAGCAACCGUGACACAAGCAGAUUGUGAUGACAUGACACAAGAAGAAGAGCGUGUCGGGAUCACAGACCACCAGGAAGAACCUGCCUUACUAAUUGCUACUAGAAAGCGCAAAAGAAGGCAAACAACGUUGGAUGAACCAGAAGUUAAUCUCAAUCUUCUGAAUGAACUGAAAGAAUUUUUUCCCAAGAUUGAGAACAGAAGCUCACAUGAAAUCAAUAAAAUGAUCAUGUAUGAUCUUCCAAGGUUCAGGGAAUUCAGAAAACAAGGCAUCGUGUUGAGGCACGGAAGAUUCUCUGAUGCAGAAAACGACAGGUUACGACAGAACGUCGGAGAUUUCAUUGCUCUCACGGGAGUGCAAGAUGCUGCCAAGCUCUUCCAUCCAAAAUGUUACCCAGAAGAGAAAAGUGAAUUGACAAAGGUGAAAAAGCUCUACAAGUUUUUUGAAAGGAUAGCCGAAGGAAUUCCAAGGCCUUGCCAUGAUGUUUUUAACCGUGGAAGGAAAGUUUUUGAUGAAAGAAACUAUAUGGGGAGAUUCACUGAAGAAGAAAUCAAAUUACUGCUGAAGUAUCAUUCACUGCAUGGCAGCAACUGGCAGAAGAUUUCUGAACUGAUGGGUCGAAGUCAGUUCUCUCUUGAAAAACGUUUUACCCAACUUAAUACAGCAAGAAAAACUGGGCCGUGGUCUGCGAAGGAGGAGCAGAGACUUUUGAGGGCUGUGAAAGACCAUAUUGUAACAGUGCUGAAAUCUAAGUCUCCUAAUAAAACAACACCUAAAAGAGUCAAUAAAGAAAUACUGUACCAAAAAUUGCCCUGGUUCAAUAUUUCUCAGAAGGUUAAAACUCGAGGUUGGAGCAAAUGCAGAGAGAAAUGGAUGUCCAUCCUCGCUGUGCAGAUGUCUUCAGGGACAUGUAGGGGAAAGAAAGCUCAGGAGGCCAAAAUCAGACUCAUUAAAGUAAUGUAUCAGUUGCAAGUUGAGGAUGUUGCGGACGUGGACUGGGAGGAUCUUACAGCCGUUUUCGGGGAUGUACCUCCAUCAUACGUGCAAGCAAAGUGGCACCAGCUAAAAGUUUGCUAUGUGCCCGAUUGGAAGGCCAAGUGUUUUGGAGAUAUUGUUGACUUCCUUUAUGAGAAAGUCUUGCCAGGCCUGGUGAAAGAUUGUGAAGAUCUUGAUGAUGAUGAUAAUGAGCUGAAGGUUGACCAAAAGCAGAGCCACCUUCUAGCAGACAUUUUUCGGGACAUUAAUGAGGAUCAUUGCAGUGACAGUGAUGAGGAGAGCGGCCAGGAAAAGGACAGCAAAUGAUCUUGAACUGUGUACAGAUCAGUCAAUAGUAAUUGAGUAAUAUUCUACAAGGAAGGACAAAAAAAAAAAAAAAAAAAAAAAAACACUUUACAUGUAGAAGGUGUAAGAUAAUGUGCCUUUAUUUUGUUAUUCUGUUUAUUUUGAUGAAUUGAAUAAACAGAAUUUGUACUAUGCUUUUAA